UGGAAUAGGUGAAAUUUCUGGCAGGCUUUGUUUCCUCCCUGUUGGGCUACUCCCCCAGCCCCCACUCUUUCACACCCGAUCUUUCGACAGCAUCCAGCGCACAUGACCACGAGGGAGCCACCGUCGACCAUAUCUGGGCUGAAGACGAAGUACUUUCAGCAUGUCCUAGAUGUGUCUUCCACAGAGCCAUCGUUAUCAUCAUCAUCAUCAUCAGAGGCAGCCGUGCGCUGGGAUCAGCCUACACGCAGAACAGAAUGUACUUGCCGAACUACGAUGAUGGGGUGUACUUGUUGGGGCGAUACGAAGGAGGCAUAUCCAAGCGACGAGGAUGCUCCUUCAACAACACACGUCUUGCGAACACCGCCACCCGUACCAUCAUCAUCGGAUGCUCUCGCCAAAGAAGCGCUGAGUAUUUUGAGCCAAGCGGAAAAGGACCGCAUAAUCUUGCUCAUGCACGCGAAGCUACGGCACUUGAGUCAUCGGGCGGAGGAUGCACGCUCCGUCUCGGAGCGCAAGGUGUGCUGCCUGGAGAGGGCACACCGCGACGCCCUCCGGGAGCGUAUGCUCUCCGAGCAGCGGUUGCGGGAAGAGCUGCGUCAAUGGAAGCACCACCACCCUGAGGUGGCUGAGCUGAGGUUGGAGAACCAGCGUUUACGCGAGGAAAAGGACCACAGCCAGCGGCAAUACUUGGCAGUCUUGGGGAAACUCGCCAGGAGACACACGUUGCUAAAGAAGUCGCUGUGA